AUGAAACUUUCACCACCAGGAUGGGUCUUAACCAUCAUAACCACCGUCACAAUCGCGACUCGUAUUGUUAAUAUGAUCGACCCCUCAAACACCACGAAAGAGUUCAAUAUCAAUAGUCCCGAGGCUGUACGAUUGAUUUCCUAUCUCCUCAUCUUAAUAAACCUCUACGAAUUUAUAGCUGCUUUCCAAGAUAAUUGGGUAGCAUAUAAGUUCGGAAUUGUUUCUCGAUUGGCGGCAGUGGGUGUAUUCUGGGAUUUUGGGGGUGAGUGGGUGAAAGUUGUUUUUGUAGAGUUGGGAACUUUGGUGUUGUUAGCGGAGCUAUAG